CAGCAGCAGCAGCAACAGCAGCAGGACCAACCUGUGUGUCUGUGGCGUGCAGUGAGUGUGCGAAGCGAAGCAUUCGUUCGUACAUUGGGGGCCCCAGUACUGAAAGUGAAUCGUUAAGAGAACCACGCGAGCGAGACAGAUAGAUUUUUCUAGAUAAAAAUGUGAAAAAGGGAGAGAGAAAGAGAGCGCGUGCGACAUUUGCCGGAUUGCCGGAAGAGGAAGCUGUUGCUGUGUUCCGUGUUGUGUGCACGGUGCACGCUUAGUUGCGCUUAAAGCCAUCAUUUUCCCUUCGACAGCACACACACACACCGAGCAUACCGAGUACACCGAUGAAGAGAGGAUUAAGGAACCACAGCAACUACUCUCGAUGCUCGGUGAUAUGGUGCUUUUUCAUACAAUGACUGGUUUGGUUUGAACAGUUCGAUAACGAGUUCAACUCGUGCGUCGUCGUCGUCGUCGUCGUCGUGCAGUGUUGGCAGCAGCAACACGUAGCCAACCAUGAUCGACGAUCGACAUUUCGCUCCGAAUUGGAACUGUCGCGCGAUAAGUGGCGACUAAUUGUUGUCGUUUCACUGUUGUCCCGUGUGGUGCAGCCCCUCCCCAAAACGGAUACCCGUACCGUGUGGAAUCAAGAAUAUAGAAACCGGAGUGUGUCUGCGCGUGUGUGUGUGUGUGUGUGUGUGAUUGUGUGCAAGGGAUUGUGCCCGGUGUCCCCGACAAAAACCGACGUAGAGGUGGUCUGGUGGUUCAGGAGUGAAGCACAACACCACAAUAGCAACAGCAACAGCAACAACAGCAAGCGGCAACAACGCCGCAAUCAGUGGAUCCACACCGAGCGGCGAGUAGUGGCCACUCUCCUAGUGGUGGCUGCUUUGCUGCUAAAGUGAGGGCUGUUUGUGUUGUGAGUGAGCCCAACCCGUGUGUCUGUGUGUGUGUGUUUGGGUAUACCGGGUGCGUGCUUGUUUGUGGGUGUGAGUUAUUGUGAGAGUGUAUGUGCGCGCCUGUAUGUGAGAAAGCAAAAUAAACAUGAAACUUCUAAGUCGUCCCCGGGUACCGCUCUGUCAUCUGCUGCUGGCGAUCAACGUGCUGACCGUUUGCUGGGGCACCGAGGCGGCCACCAUCGUCGCACCAUCGGCAUCAGAUGGCCCCAAGUCCGAGGCGACUGGAGCAAGCAGGAAUGAAACGAGUCCCCAGGAACAGGAGACUCCGGAAGGCCAGCACCUGCAGCAGCAGCAGCAGCAGCAGCAGACAUCGAAGCAUCAUCGCCAUCGGCGAGAGAAUGGCGGUUUCACCAUCGGCGACGUGGAUGGGAUGGUCGGAACAGGAGGAGCUGGGGGAGGUAUGGUGGAUGCUGAAAACUUCAUCGCCCUCGCACCAGAUGAGGCGGAUAUUUAUAACUUUCCGAACAUGAUGAGCAUGACGAUGGCGAACGGCGAACGGGGUGGUGGUGGUGGUAGCGGAAUGCGCGAUCGCAAUGUAAAUGAAGCGAAUCCGUUUAAUGAAUUUCAUCCGUCGCGACGCGGCAAUUCAUCGCCACCACCGGUGAAACCAGGAGGAAGAGGUGGAGGAGGAGGAGGAGGAGGAGGCCCGCAGGACGAGAUGGAUGAGCAGCUGCCACGUCCAAGAACGGCCGGGGAGAAAGAACUCCCGGAACUGACGCUCGAUGAUGAUGAUGAUGAUGACGACGACGAUGGUGGUGAUGAUCCUGCGACCGAUGGUGAGGCGGACGGUGGUCCAGUGGAGCGAUCGGGACGGCGUACGGAACGAACCGAACCGAGACGACGGACCGCCAGCUUCCAACGAGAGGCCAACGCCAACGACGAUCAAGAUGGUGGUAAUGGUGGAGAGGUGCAAGAGGAGGAUGACGACGAGGAAGAUGAUAAUGCGAUCGAGAGGAGCCGUUUCCUGCGCCGGCCUGUGACCGGAUCGAACGACGACGACGGAACGACGGUGGCCAGCUCGCGAACCGAAUCCGAUGCGGCGCUCCUGAGCAAGGGCCUUGACCUGCUGAACUCCCUGGACGGUGCCUAUCUGCUGGCGAACGCCCGGAUCGGUCCGGUCGAUCGUAAUAAGGUGGCUGCGGAGGAUGUUGAUGAAGAUCCCGACAUCUCCACACACAAACCGAUCGCACCGGACACGGAACAAGGCGGCAACGGCGGUGCUGGUAAUGGUGGCGACGGUGGCAACGUAGGCGACGACGGCAACGGUGCUGCCGGUGACGAUGAGAACGCAAUCUUCGAGCAGAUGGAAAAGAAAGCAAAAUCGUACCGACUGAAGCUGUACAAAAAGCACAAGAACUUCAAGCACACGCACCAUCACCGGGGUGGGCUUUACCAUCAGCCGUACCAUACCUUCCACCACGAUUACUACCGGCGCAAGAUGCUGGAACGGGAGCGUGAGCGCUGGAAGAAGAUGCAGGACGCCAAACCGGACUACCAGGGCCAGAUCAGCUACUACGAAAACUCGAACAAACUGGCGACGAACGAGGACAUCCUGGCACACCUGAAUGGUGGGCACGGUGGUGGGGGCAGCGGUGGGAGCGGUAGCAGCAGUAGCCAGGAAAAGUGGCCCAACUUUGACCGUGUCAUGAGCUCGCUGAAGACGGAACCGAAACCGGACAAUGUGCCACCGUACAUCAAGAAGUAUAACCGCCGGAACAAGCAGCUGAUCGAUCUGCUCGAAGGCACGAUCGCCCCGCUGUCCGAUUACAGUGUGCACAAGCACCGGGAGCGGAAGUAUCAUCGCAGGAAAAAUCCACACUGGAUGGAGGAGGAUCUGUUCGAGGAGCAGCGACCGAGCCAGUCGAAGGGUAGCGGUAUGCAGCGGAACUACAUCCAGGAGACGAUCCAAUCGUCGACCAUCCACUCGAACGCACUGCCCGGCGAGGGCAUUCACAUCAUCUACGAUAAGAAGCACGGUGUCGGUGAUCACGAUGAUCUCGAGGACGGAUCGCAUCUGAUGUACGGACGGCCAACGAUUUCCAGUGGUCACGGGCACGACGGUGGUGUUGGUGGUGGCGUAGGGGGUGGUGGUGCUGGUGGACAUCCUAACUACAAGUUAUCAUCUCGCGCCGGUCAGUUCGUGUACCAUCGUGUCGCUUCACCACAACCGCUGGGAGGGGUUGGUGGUUAUGGGCGGUUGAAACGUCAGCGGCUCCCAUUCGUCGCCAUCACCGAUCGACGUCUCAGUGCGCCGCCCAAACGUCGUCCCGCUGCCAACAAUGGUGGUCCGAACAAUCCGCUACUGAAUCACCAGCCGUUGCCUUAAGUCCCUUAAAGUCCCAGCCCCGAAUGUCCUCGUUCCCUACUCUUCAUUUCUCCGUCUCAGCUACUUCAAACUUUGGUUUGGCCCCUGUCCCGGAACCGGAACAUCUCCGAAUCCAAUCCCAAGUGACUCCCAUUUCUGCGAUGCGUUCUCCAUCUCCUCCUCUCACUGUCUGGUAGCGGCUCCUUCAAUCAUCAUUAUCCUUCUCCCCGGUUGGCUGGACGUAGCCGAACGCUCCCCGCCCAGAAGAGGGAGAUCCAAGUGUGCGUCGCGCGACUGUCACUCCAUCGACGAACGUCACCCCACAGCGAUAAAUCCUCGCGAUUGAUUGAUCGGCAGCACACUUUGGUUGACGUGGCGCUUUUGGACGCAGCAAAAAGCACGCGGCUGACAAAUCUCGGAGUCUCUAAAGUGACAGUUGGCUACAGAGAAGACUACCGACUAGAGAAUAGAGGUAGCGGAGUGCGAGAGCUGUCGCAGUAGAAAGCAACAGCAACAGCAAACACAAAUGGGCGGCAGAAGGCAAAACAAAACAACAACAACAAAAAACAAAGAAGUGAAAACCCGGAAGACGAUGACGAACGACAAUAUAUAUUUACUGAUAGAGAUGUUGUGGAGGAGAAGGAGGAGGAAGAGCAGGUGGAAGAUGAGAUGCCGAGCGAGAACGAUUGAUGUGAUCAAUGGCGGAGCGACCAUUGUGGUGGUUAUAUAUGAUUGAUAUGGUGGCGCAUAGCAGUGUACUGUGGAAGCGCAGAGACGGAUAAGAGUGCAGAUGAGCAAAGGUAUAUAUGUAGGUAUAUAUAUACAUAUUAUAAUAUAGAGCGAAGUGGCAGCACGAUACAAAACAAAAACAGAAGCAAGUCCGCAAAAGUCCCAAAGCAGCACGGGAGGGGGGAACUGUCAAACGGCGGCACUAUUACGAUAACCGUAGCCUGCUUCGAGAAGCUAGAAGCCUCCUCCCCGGGAAUUGCUUUGACAUCGAUUUAUACAGCUUCUCUCGGUCUGUCUGUCGAUUUGCUCUGUCUCUUUGUGUGCGUGUGUGUGUUUGUGCGAAUGAUCUCCCUGCAAAGCAAAACAAAGCCGAAACCCUCAAACACACGUGCGCCUGACACUUUUGCCUAACAUAUCAUCAAGAAAAUCACCCAAAAGAAUCGUACAAUACGGAGGGCGCCACUUACGUAGUGGCACGGCAGUGGCCCACCCACCAACAACAAGUGAUCACCGUCGCCAUCGGGUUGCGUUGUUGCAGAGAAGGUCUCGCAGACCCCAAACAGACACCAAACGGCCACUCCAUGCCACAAGAUCGAACAGCACGACAAAGGCGGGGAACGGCUCGUUGGGCUUGAAUUUCCGGGGGCCACAAACCACUUUGACGUCAUCGUCGAUCGUCAUCGUAGUGUGUGAAAAACCCCCUUGCACGGAAUGCACAAAACGGAAGAGCCGAAAAAAGGGCAACAAUGGUGGAAACAAACAAAAUCAUGACAAUAAUAGACAUUUUAAUGGAAAGGAGAUUUUUAAUCAAGAACGGCAAACAGGAGAAAAGAAGAAGGGGCAGAAAAGAGGUACAAGCGAGUAAAACAAGAUUAAAGUAAAAAUACGACGACCCCUUUAAACCCCUUUAAAAAUAUCUUUGUGGAGAGAGGUAAAUGAUACGAAAUAUCUUAAUUGUUUCAUUUCCAAUAUUGCUUCGCUGCCAAUUGCUCUCGGUAGCAUCGAAUUGCAACUCCCACUCUGAAUUGUUUUGUGCGGACAGUUGGUCCUCCAUUUCGACAUAUCUGAACCGAAUGUUCUCGCGGUGCCAGUGCAUGCCAAUGUGGUUCCGGGCGGACGGUUUUCUAUGUGAACGCAUAAGCAAUAGAAAAUGACAAUAUCUUUUACGUGGUGUGCGUUUGUGUGAAUGGGACUGGAGAUUGGCACACGUACGGGAGAAACAAUAGCGAGGAAGGAAAUCCAAGUUCGCGGUCAGUUUACCAGCAUCAGAUCGCCAACCCGUACCAUACCAUCACCAUGCGGUAAUGGCAAAAAACAGCGAGAGCAAACGGUUUAGAUAAGAGCCUCCCACACCCCCUCUUAAGAGGUAAUAUCCCCUUUUUCCUUGUGAGCCAUUAGUAUUGUACUGCAUUACCUUCGCUUCUCAAUGGUGUUAGUCUGAUAGCGAGGUAGGGUGGUGGUAUCGUGCGCGAAAUUCAAGCCAGCAGCCGGCAAAAGCAUAAAUUGAUGUCAAACAAAGGCACGCGUCAGGGGAUAAAGGAGAAUGGAUAAAAAAAAAGAUAAAAAUUGAUUCCCAACACACACUGCUGCUGCUGCUAGUGUGUGUGUGAAUGCACCCGUUAAUCGAUCACACAAUGAAAUUCUCGUGAUCAUGCAGCACACCGUGCACACCGCCCUAUCCACGGGGUCUUUCCUUCUCUCUCUGGGUGAGUGCUCUUAGCAAACAGCAAAAACACAAACAAGCUUAAGUAUAAGAGAUUAGAACACAAGUAGUACCCCUCACAAGCACACAGACACAAACAUACAGGACACCGCAAAGAAAUCGAUAUUCGGUGUAAAUGGAAUAUACAACAGAACAGAGGGGGGUUUAAAUAGUACUCCAGGCAAAACAUAAAACAAACAUAUAAACAGCGCAGAGUAAACAGCAAACAGCAAAACAAAAGUUAUAGUCAAUUUUCUAACGGUGAACUGUGAGCAGAAAAAUGCCGAAAAACUGGGGAAAAAACGAGAAACAAGAAGAAGCUGAAGAGAAACAAGAAGAAUAACCCAAGAGUGAGGCGAGGGAGGUUGCUCUGGAACACGACAUCAGACAGAAGCGAUCGAAACCGAUCGGCCAGCAACACGGACAUAAGCGAGAAGCGAAAAACGCAAGAAAAUGGCACUUAAACAUUGAGCUAUGUUUUAGAUAUGAGUAGUCAAAGUCGAUAGAAUAGUGUAAAAGAGAGAGAGAGAGAGAGAGAGAGAGCAAGCAAGAGAAAAAAGGAGGUGAAAUAAGAAGAAAAACUGCUAACCGCAAGAAAACCACAAAAGAGUAUAUCUAGUCGGUAAGUACAUUCAGAGAUAUAAGUGUGUAAAGACAAACAAUAUUGAAACCAAACCAAAUAAACUCUAAAACAAAAACCAGUCAAAACCCUUACACAGACAAGCACAAGAAGCGAACAUGAUAAAAAACAGAAAAACCGGAAAACGAAAUGGAUGGCGGAACCGAGAGCUGAAUGUUUCAGAUGGUUAGUGGAUGUAAUAUACAAGAUAAUGAUGAUGAUGAUGAUUUCAAUGAUGAGGCACUCUCUCCAUACACAGAAAAUACAAUAGACAUCCAGGCUCGCACGAUUCACUCGGUGCACGCAUUGGUCGGAACGUAGCACCCGCCCGGAAGAGCGUAGGACAUUUUUUACACUUUCCCUCCUACUCUCUUCCGGGUGUACCCGCUAUCCGUACAUGGCUUGGCCGCUUCACCGAUUCCGACCGAUAGUGGCAGGUAGUGGCAUGCCGGUCCAGCACAAGCAAUGCAGCUACCCAUCACAUCCAUCAUCGUGCUCUCGUUCUCGGUAGUGUUUUAAAUCCAAUUGUGCAUCAUUUCCACACAAUGCACACGGCAGCUAAUAGUGUAAUAACAUUGUGCACCCCCUUCUCCUUUCCCUACAUCCCUCUUUUUGCAACUACCUUCUCCACGCGGACACUACUAUCACUGCUUAACCUCUGGUCACUGUAAGAGGCAAUGUUACGGAUUCGUUCGGUUAUGGGUAGUGCUUUCGAAAUUGUGUUUGACGGAACUACUCAGUUUUGACAGAACUACACAAAAAAAAACUAGAAACCAGAUAAGAUAUAACGUUAGGUACGCCACACCACCCCCCUCCCCCUCCCCCCCCAUUCCCCAUCCCCUUUAGAAACACCGUAGAAAGUUACAGGACUAAUACUGGACUGCCAAUACUGGACGUGCGCUAGAACGAAGAAGAUCGUAUUUUAAUUCUAUUGUUACGUUCGUUCUACGACACUGUCACUGUUUUCUUGCACCGAGUGCGGCUACAGUAUGAUCGUAGAUAGUAGCAGACAGAAUAGGGAAUUUCCUUGCUCUCGAGCUAGACGCAGCUAGCGAAAACGAAUGUCUGAAUGCAAACCAACCAUCCAUUUAACCGUUUCAUACUUUCGGCUUCUGUUUGCUGAAUUACACAUUCUCCAAUAACAGCAUCAGUUCUAUUUAGACACACGCCGCGCUGCUAGCGAACCGCAUAUACACACACACAAGCACACAUCCCACAGAAUGGCACAGCAGUAGAACGGUCAAGUAAAACGGCCCAAUAGAAGAACGUAAGUAAAACGAGCAGAAUGUGGCCGAACGAGGGACAUUCACCUAUGUACAUCUAUGGCUUUUGGGCGAGUGUGGCUCAAAAUUGUUAUAUUUUUCAAGAAUAAAAACUGUAAAACGCGCCUUCUGGGCGAGAGCGCUACAGAUCAAGCGACACAUCAAACUAUUAAGGACAAAAACAGCAACAAAACAGCAAAAAGGAACAAUACGAUCAAAAA